UCGUUUAUCAACAGCUCGUAUUUAUCCAUUCAGUAGUUUUGUGUACCGGUCACACAUGUUUCAACCUGGAUAGUAAGACCAGGACAGCAUAUCACAGAUAGCCGAGUUUGAGUAAAUAUCCUCCAGCAAAAUGGGGUUACCACCAGGGGAAGUCGAGAAGAAAGAAAUGGAUUUAACUAUCCGAACUGAAAUGAAAAUAACCUUGCGGUUGGUUAUUUCAGUAUUGGGAGCUGUGAUGGGAUCUUUUCUGUUUGGCUACAAUACGGGAGUCAUCAAUGCACCGGAAGCUAAAAUCAAAGAAUUUUUGAAUGAGACCAACAUUAAAAGAGAUGGUACCCCAAUGAGUGUAGAUACCCAGACCAACCUAUUUGCUAUAAUUGUAGCCAGUUUUGCUAUCGGUGGAACAGCGGGUGGUCUUCUAGCAGGAACAUGGGCUGAUAAAUUUGGAAGGAAAAAUGGAUCAUUGCUGAAUACGAUAUGUGGUAUAGCUUCAGCAGCACUGAUGUUUUUCUGCAGAAUGUCAGUUUCAUACGAAAUGUUGAUUGUUGGUAGAUUGUUAGGUGGGAUAUGCUGUGGUUUAAUCACAGGGUUAACACCAAUAUAUCUAUCUGAAAUUGCUUCUCAAAAUAUCCGAGGCGCCUUAGGUGUACUUCAUCAAUUAGGUGUCGUCAGUGGAAUACUUGUAUCUCAAAUUCUAGGAUUUCCUGAAGUGAUGGGAACCAGUGAACUGUGGAACUAUUUACUUGGUCUAGCUGUUGUGCCAUGCGUUUUACAGCUUAUAAUUCUACCUUUUUGUCCUGAAAGUCCUCGACAUCUUCUAAUCUCUAAACAAGAUGAAGCAAACGCUAGAAAAGCAUUGAUUGCGUUACGUGGGUACAGUGAUGCAGAAGAGGACAUUUUAGAAAUGAAAGCUGAAGAUGAAGCUCAAAAAUCUGAAGCAAAAGUGAAUAUAUGGGGUCUAUUAACUUCAAGAAAUCUUAGAAUGGCUUUGAUACUAAGUGUAGUGAUGCACCUAUCGCAGCAGUUUUCGGGAAUCGUUGCUAUUUUUUACUAUUCCUCAUCAUUUUUUAAAGACGCUGGUUUGGACAGUGACACUGCUGUGCAUGCCACUAGUGGAGUUGGUGCUGUUAUGGUGGUAAUGACCAUAGUGACCAUACCGUUAAUGGAUAAAGUUGGUAGACGUACGUUACAUCUUGCAGGUCUGGGUGGAAUGUUUGUUUUCUCCAUUUUAAUAACGCUCACAUUAACUUUAAAGCACUUGGUACCAUGGUUUAAUAUAGUAACAAUUGUAGCAUCUCUUGUUUACGUCCUAUUCUUUGCUUUAGGACCAGGUUCAAUACCGUGGCUGAUUGUAGCUGAACUAUUUUCACAAGGCCCAAGAUCAGCUGCUAUCUCAGUCUCUGUUUUAGUCAACUGGGUCGCCAAUUUUGGUGUUGGUUAUGCUUUUCCCCACAUGAAGACGGGUCUGGGGAACUUUUCAUUCAUCCCGUUUACUGGAUUCUUGUUAGUCUUCUUCAUCUUUAUUUAUCUCUACCUACCCGAGACCAAAAAUAAAACAUUCGAAGAAAUAUCGUCGACUUUACGAGGCGGCGGAAAUAUCCGAGAAGACAAGAAUGCUCGAAGAGAGAAUUAUUUGGUGUCGUACAAGAGAAACGAAAACCCUUAAGAGCAACUUUGUGAUUACAGAAUUUGCAAUUGUCGCUGUGGUUCAACGAGUACAAAUGGUCUUCCAUGGUUAUUCAGUUAAACAAGUAUGCAAGUAUAUAGGUAAUAUUGAUAUACACCAAACAAUUCAACGUUUUGACGAUAUUACAGUUUGUUAUUUAAUCAAAAUUGAAAUGUAAACAUGGCGACAAAGAAAUGUGCAGAGACUCGAAUAUCACGAAGCUGUAUUUCCACACAAGUAAAUGUACAUUAAAUACAAAUUAUAAUAUUACGUGUAGACCGACGAAUAUAAAGAUUAACGGUUUGUGACAGUUAUUCGUUUCUCAUCCAAUAUUUGUUUAAAUAUAUUUUUGGAGAAAUGAUCACUCCAAGGUAUGAAAUUUAUAUGUACAUUACACUAACACAGGGUGUCAAAUGGCCCUACUUUUCCGGACCUCUUACUUUUUGCAAUAAACUAAAAAAAAAAUGCCAUUUUCCCGUUAAAUGUUCCUGCAGUAAUUCGCGUAAAAACUUACUAACUGCUUCACCUGGGAAGUCGUCGAAGGUUAAAGACACCAUUGAUGUUCCGGGAGAGAUGUGAACUACGUAAACAGGGAACUCCUACUUAUACCUGUCAGACCAUCUGAAACCCCCACUUUUGUCCACUCUUCGAGACAAGUCACACCCUCAAACCAUUUCCAUACUUUCAGGACCUUUGACACCCUGGUACCAUUCUUACAUGUGUAUUAAAAUGAAUGAUUUAUAGAUAUCAUUAUAUCUUUUAUUAGAUUAUUAUUCUUGUUUAAGAAUAUCAUAAUUCCUUAUUUAAACAUCGUAUAUUGUAGUAAUAUAGACCUAUUAUGUGUUAUGUAUCACUGGGUUUAUAGACAGUAACAUUGAAUCAAAUCAACUUAAUUCUUAGGAGACCCCAGGGUCGGGUCUACUAUGGAACUAUAGUAUAUGUAGUCUAUUGUGCGUUAUUAAAUCAAAUUUAUCGCAUUGUUUUGCAGACGAAAUCGGUGGAUAAAACCGCGAUGAGCAAUCACAAUGAAUACGACAUAACAACAGACUAAAUAUAACGUUUUAACUAUAUAAUCUAAUGUUCCAAAGUCUGUUCUCAGUACAUUUUAUUUUAAAGGAAAUAAUAGCUAUGGUCAUUUAUUUGUAUGACCAGUUCCUGUUGGUUUUUUUAAAAAUGGUUUACACUUUAAGAGUCCAGGGGAAAAACGAUCUAAGUCACAUUUUUAUACGCCCACAUUAAAAUGUGGUCGUAUAUUGUUGUCGCCCCCGUCCGUCCGUCCGUCCACAAUUGCUUGUAGACGCUCUAUAGGCUAAAGUUAAUAUCCGAUUGACUUUAAAUUUAUACACAGUGUUUAAGGUCAUGAGACGAAGAAGCCUAGUAAUUUUCAGCGAUUUUCGAUAAUUACUGCCAGAGUUAGGGCCCUUGAUCACUUCAAAAAAUCUUGGGGACGCUCUAGAGGUCAAAGUUAAUAUCCGAUUGACUUUUAAAUUUAUACACGGCGUUUAAGGUCAUGAGACGAAGAAGCCUAUUGAUUUACAGCGUUCCGAUAAUUACUGCCAGAGUUAUGGCCCUUGAUCACUUUGAAAAAUCUUGUUGCCGCUCUAGAGGCUAAAGUUAAUAUCCGAUUGACUUUAAAUUAAUACACAGUGUUUAAGGUCAUGAGACGAAGAAUCCUAUUGAUUUUCAGCGAUUUCCGAUAAUUACUGCCAGAGUUAUGGUCCUUGAUCAUUUUGAAAAAUCUUGUGGACGCUCUAGAGGCUAAAUUUAAUAUCCGAUUGACUUUAAAUUUAUACACAGUGUUUGAGGCUAUGACAUGGAGAAUCAUAUUGGUUUUCAACGAUUUCGGAUAAUUAGUGCCAAAAUUAUAGCCCUUGAUCAUUUUGAAAAAUCUUGUGACGCUCUAGAGGCUAAAGUUAUCAUCCGAUUGACUUCAGAUUGAUAUACAGAGUUUAAGGUCUUGAGACGAACAAUUAAGUAUAUUGAUGAACAGCUAAAUAAAUCCAUGAUGUUAAAAGUUUCGUAUGCUAAACGUUAGCAUGGGGCAGAACUUUAUAAAAACCAAACAAAUUCUAAUGGUUUUCUGAUAAUUACUUAAUGAGUUGUUACUCUUAAUCAGAUUUUAAUGUAUUAUAAAUGCUUCAUUACCGAAAAAAGUAAAAAUAUGCGACAACUCUUGUUGACUGCCCGGACGUAUGUGGGCGUAUGUUUCGUUGCCUGGCAACCUAUCUUUGUCUUUUCGCAUGAAAGGCAAACAGACUUUUGGACGAGAAAGCCUGGCGCGAACAGAACAACGAGUGGGUUUAAUUACAACUUCAAAAUGAUGUUUAAUACAAAUCAUAAUUACCAGUACAACAACUGACUUCCACUUUUCAGCCAAAUUAAGGUAAAAAAAAUACGAUGGACUUGUAUUUGUCCGGGAGGCCAUUUCAGAAGGGCCUUGGUUCGAUGUGACUCUGAUCGUUUUUUACCUGAAAUUGAUUGUUCCACAGGAAGCUUAUACAAUUUGCUACCAGAUGGCGUCAUUAACUGGUGUUCGUUGAAAAAGUAACUUAGAUAGUUCUUCCUCGGUGCUCUUCACUUGUUAUAUCCCUUGACCAUAUGGUUUACCAAUAUACCUACAUUGUUGUUGAUUUUUUGUUGACUUUUGUUCACGCUUCCAUCGUCAAAUAUACGCAAACGGUUAAGCUUCCAUCGUCAAAUAUUCACACACACAGUUAGGCUUCUUCCAUCGUCAAAUAUACACACAGAGCAUUACCUUAUUUGGUCUACCAAACACAUUGAUGGGAUAUUUUGACAAUGGUAAGCAUUUUACCAAAAUAUCACUGUUUUUAAUUCAUUAUGUACGUGUGAUUUGACUAUAGAAAGUGUGAACCAAAUAAUUAGUUAAAGAUACAAUAUGGUCGUAAGGACCGUAGUAUUACAUUAGACCCACGGGGCUGAAUGGUUAGCGUGCGCGCGCUAUAUCAUAAAGUCUGUCAUUGAGUCGACUGGCGUGGUUUCGAAUCCCCGGUUGUACGUGGCAAGGAGUAGGGUCGCCUGUCCAACCUCGAGGGUUUUCUCCGGGUCCUCCGAUUUCCUCCCACUGCUAAAGACCCUACGCGCAAGCGAAUUAUGUAAAUAAAAUUAAACCAUAUGUUAGUCGAGUGGACGUUAAACCCCAUUUCUCUCUCUCUCAUUAGACCCACAUAUCCCACGCAUGUAUUUCUGAGAUAUAUGCCACUGGUCUCGUGGAGUAUUUCAGAUCGCUAUAUAAAAUAAUUAGCAUGAGAAAAAAAUGUUUGUGCGUAUUGAAAGGUAUUUAUUACAUCAUAGGUUAUAUGGUCUAAUAGAUUCACCUUCAGUUUAUUGUUUAUCCUAUGUAGAAUCAAAUGAUAUGAUUACGUACAUUUUGAUUAUUAAAGUGCUUGUACCUUGUGUUAAUAUGUUAAAUUGCUAAAUGCCGAUAAAAUAAGUUAUACAAGUGUUAUUUUACUUUUUAAUUUUUUCAAAUAUAAUCUUUUUUUCUGUAAUUAUAAUAAAUGAUAGCUUUAUUGUGGUUGAGUCUUGGGUCUUGGGCCUGUUUACAAAUCAGAAGAAUCUGAAACACAGCAGAAGUUUUUUUUAUACUCCCGGAAUGCAUGACAAGAAUCGGAAAUUGUUCCUGGAAAUUCCUUACCACUUGGCUUCAUCUAUUGCGUAAUCUUUGUGGUGCGUGUGAUGCUUUCCCUUUAUUUGUCAUAUUUCUGCAUAGAAUAACAUCUUCCAACUCCACGGAUAAACCAAACGCCAUUAAUUUAACACUUGUAUUCAUCAACCAAUAUUUUAACUGGCGAUUGGUAAGUUGAAUAUAAUAGUCCUGGACAAUGAAGCCGACAAAAUAUGGCGCUUUAAGAAUAUAAUUGGUUAAAUGUUGCACGAAUAAUUAAUUUGCCAAAUUAACUUGGUUGCAAGAAAAAUAACUAAAUAAGGGCUAGUGUGAUAACUUUUGCGUCAGAAAUUGUGAAACAGUCACUUUAUAUGAAACAAUAAUGGCGAUGACACAAUGGAGAUAUUGCAUGAUCGAUUAUCAAUUGAUUUUUUUUUUGUGUUUUUUACGAAUGUUGUCCGUGCUAUAUAUAUAUAAAUAGAAUUUUAAGUUGAGAAAAAAACUAUAUGCUUGUUUGUCUUAAUUACAAUACUAUGUGAUUGAUAUUGAUCUCAGUUGAUUAUUUGUAAAAAAAAAUAUCUUUGACUUCUGUUUUUUAAUAAUUAGUUCUGAUAUAGUUUUCAACAAUUAUCAAAAUACGUCAAUUAAUAAUUAAUUCUACGGUAGACUUGUUACAAUUAUAAAGUUUAUAAUCUUGUGUGCUACAUACUCUUUCUAAAUUUAGGCGGUGUAAUUUGUGAUCGUGCGUAUGACGUAUUACCUGUUUUGUGGACCAAGAGAGAAGUGUAAUUACAUUGCAAUCUUGUAUACACGAUUUCAAAAAAGCUUUAAUGCAGAAAUGACACCGGUCAGUCAUCUUGUAAAAUAAAGUUCGAACAAGGAAACGAUGUCCUCCAGACCAAGCGUCAGACAAAUUGCUUAUUCAUAUCUAAGCGUAUUUGCUGUGCAAUUUGACCAGCGCAACUAGUAUCAAUCCAUGUAGCUUAAAUACAUUAUGGGAGAUUAGAUAAAGAGCUGGAAGUUCUCACUAUAAUAGUUAAAAACUAGAUAAUGUAAAGGGAAUUUCUAAAACUUUCAGUGAAAUUGAUCCACUUUGAACCGAGAAUUUAGCGAUUGGAUUUUCGGCCUAGCAUCAAUCAUCAUUACUAUAGUCGGUUCGAUGAUCGAUUUCAUGAUUUGAUCAUGAAUGAAAGUUGAGCAGCAAAUCGGAUCCUAAUCCAGUGAAUAUCGCAGGCUAUCGAUGGCAUCGAGAGUUGAUUAUGGUCUAGAUAAGUUAAUUAAUGUCUAAUUAAUAAUUUAGAUAACAUUUCAGGCCUAAAGAAAGAGCUGCAAUAGGCAGAUUUAGCUCUUGCAUAAUGCAUGUUUGACCAGACAUGAACAAGCAAGAUAAUUGUACGAAGAAGCUGCAUUGUUAAGCAGCCGUAAAUAAACUUGUAUUGAACCAUUUCUGACUUUACAGUGUCUGUUGUAAUAUGAACAAUUUCGCUAAUUUGUUGUUGUCAGGAAAAUAUGAUAAAAUUAUUUUGAUAUAAAAAGAUAAUGUGAA